AUGUCAGCAUCUAUCUAUCUAUCUAUCUAUCUAUCUAUCUAUCUAUCUAUCUAUCUAUCUGUUCAUACCUAUCUAUUUAUAUAUCUAUAUCUAUAUGAUUGUUCAGAUCUAUCUACCAAUUUAUCAAUCUAUCUGUUCAUACCUAUCUAUUUAUAUAUCUAUAUGAUUGUUCAGAUCUAUCUAUCUAUCUAUCUAUCUAUCUAUCUAUCUAUCUAUCUAUCUGUUCAUACCUAUCUAUUUAUAUAUCUAUAUGAUUGUUCAGAUCUAUCUAUCUAUCUAUCUGUUCAUACCUAUCUAUCUGUUCAUACCUAUCUAUUUAUAUAUCUAUAUCUAUAUGAUUGUUCAGAUCUAUCUAUCUAUCAAUUUAUCUAUCUAUCUGUUCAUACCUAUCUAUUUAUAUAUCUAUAUGAUUGUUCAGAUCUAUCUAUCUAUCUAUCUAUCUAUCUAUCUAUCUAUCUAUCUAUCUAUCUAUCUGUUCAUACCUAUCUAUUUAUAUAUCUAUAUGAUUGUUCAGAUCUAUCUAUCUAUCUGUUCAUACCUAUCUAUUUAUAUAUCCAUAUGAUUGUUCAGAUCUAUCUAUCUAUCUAUCUAUCUAUCUAUCUAUCUAUCUAUCUAUUUAUCUACCUAUCUAUCUAUCUAUCUAUCUAUCUAUCUAUCUCAGAAUUGAUUGGUCUAUAUCAUUCUAAUCUAUCUAUCUAUCUAUCUAUCUAUCUAUCUGUUCAUACCUAUCUAUUUAUAUAUCUAUAUCUAUAUGAUUGUUCAGAUCUAUCUAUCUAUCUAUUUGUUCAUACCUAUCUAUUUAUAUAUCUAUAUCUAUAUGAUUGUUCAGAUCUAUCUAUCUAUCUAUCUAUGUAUCUAUACAAAUGA